GUUACUCAUGCAACCACCGGCUACCUCACCAAUGAUUAUAACAACUGGAGAGAAUCCUGUGACCUCUUGACAAUGAUAAAGAUGAAAUGAAGAACAUAAAGAAUCUUUUUUGUUGUCUUUAUAACUGGUUUGGGUCAACCUUUCAAAGAUUGAGACUUGGGAACCUCUAAAUCUGUCCCUUGUGUUCUUUGCUGCAUGCAAGUUAAACAUGUUUCAUGAGAAUUUAGGUGCCAAUGAGGUCCAUCAAGUGAGUUAGCAGCAAUCGGUAACAGCUCGGUUCUUCGAAGUGCUGAAUCCUUCAGUUCACAGCUCUCUCUUGGAUCAAAGAUGAUGCCCUCCAGAGCCAAAUCUGGUUGGUCGGCGAACUCGAAUAUGAACUCUCAGGGAGUGCUCAAGGGAAGCAGAUUCAACAGGAAUGGAUCCGCGCCGGAGAGGCACUCUCUUCCCCCUUCGAAGCCGCGUGUUUCAGUCGAUCGGCCGAUGAAAUCAGUCGAGUCAAAAGCCUCUAGCAAGAACAGCACUAAUCCUAAUAAAUCAGAAUUGCAGGAGAAGUUGGAAGCAGUCGAGAGGGAGCUCAAGCAAACAAGGGGGGAAUUGAGUGAAACCAAGAGGUUGGCAGAUGAGAUGAAUGAAGAAUUGGAGAAAGCCACAGUUGCUCGAGCGAGAGCAGAAGAGAUCUUGGACACUGAAAAAUUCAGGAUGGUCGAAUUGGAAGAGGAAUUGCACGAGGAACUCGGGAAUCUUCAAAGUCGGCACGAGCAAGAUGUGUCUUCCCUGAAUUCCUUGGCAUCUGAGCUCCAGCUGACUAAGGGAGAGCUCAGAGAUGCGAGACGUGAAAAGGAGCUGGCGUGUCAUGAAGCAGAAGGCGCGAAGAGAGCUGCGAAACUAUACGAAGAGAAGGCGAUGCUCAUGUCGAAGGAACUCGGCGACUUAAAGGCCCUGCACGAGUCAGAAUUGGCUAGUGUGGGCAAAGAGGCAGAGGAGAAGGUCGGAAAGUUGGAAGCUGAGACAGCCAUGCUGAAACUCGAACUGGAAAGAGCGAGAAUAGCCGAGGAGAAGUUGGUUCACAUGGAAUUGUUGAUCGAAAAGCUUCAGAUCGAGGCGACCGAUGCCCGAAACGAGCAAUCGGAUGUUUGUGCAUUGGUCGAUGAGUGGAGGAACAAGGCAGGGAGGCUGAAGGCAGAUCUUGAAGAAGCUUAUCAGUCUGAGAAAUCUGCAUCGGAUUCUCUCGCAGACAUGAUGGUGAAGCUGGAAGAGACUAAAUCUCUCUUCGAAGAUGCGAAAAGGGAGAUAUCGAUUCUUGAUGCGAGGAUAGACUCGAUGGAGAUCGAAGCAGGGAGGCAGAAGAUUGAUCUUGAAGAAUCAAAUAGGCAGCUUGAUUUGGCACAGCAAGAUGCAUUGAACAUUGGGAAGACAGUCGAGUUACUGAAAUUGGAGCUCAAGAGAUUGGAGGAGGAAAAGUCGGUGGCUGUUACCGGCGAAAAGGUUGCUGCUUUGAGAAUUGAGAGUCUUUCAGAUGAGCUCAAUAUUAGCAAAGAUGAAGGGGAGAAGACUAGGAAGGCAAUGGAAUGUUUAGCUUUGAAAGUUCAGUCUAUGUCGAUAGAAGACGGGGAGAAAGACGAAAGGCUUGCGCGAAUGCAAUCUGAAAUCGAAGAAUCUCACAAGGAGAUAGACCAUUUAAGUAGAGUUCUAAGAAACACUGAAGAAAGGUAUGAGGUGAUGCUCGACGAGGCACGGUAUGAGCUUGUUUGCCUCCAGAACAGAUGCAAAGGUGAGGCAAAUGAACUUAGGAGCAGUGAAUGGGAUGCGAAAGAGAAGAACUUUGUUGACACUAUCAGAGAAUUGGAAGGACUAGUUGAGUUGCAUGAGAUAGCUAAGCAUGAAAAGAAUGAGUUACAACAAAUAGAAUCACGCGCGAAUUCUAGUCCCGACGAAGAAGAACAAUCCAAGAACGAGGAUUUGCUUCCAAAUGAAACACUACUAGAGGAGGAGAAUGGAUUGGAGAGCGGAGAGCAAUGUAGCAAAGAACUUGAAACACUGGAGAACACCGAAAAGGAUUGUGAAGUAUCAAACACUAAAAUGGAAUGGGCCAAGGAAAAUGGAAGCUCGGAGAUACCUUUCAAAGAGCAGGAGGAUCACUUCCAAGAAGAUCCAAUCGAAGACUCGGAAUCAAAGAUGAACUGCGAGAGCGGUAAUCGGAUGAACGGAACUGAGCAACAGAAGCUCCAAAGGAGGAGGAAGAAGAAGGCAUUGCUCUACAAUUUUGGGAAUCUACUGAAGGGAAAUCAUUAGUUGGAUCUCCAAUCCAUUUAUUUAUCUUAUACGAUAUGAUUAGUUUGAGAUUCUUUAUCGAUAUGUUUGGAAAUGUCAAUUCCUUUUACAGCUACACAUUCUGCAAAUUGUAUGAACGGAUUCUUGUUACUUUGGAUGAUCAUUUCAUGGUGCAACUAUUUUGAU